GGUUUCGGCCAAGCUAGGCCGGGUUUUUUGACCCAGCUCAUGCCUACUUUUAAGUAUUUAAAACAAAAUAUGAGAUUAAUAUAUCAAAUUUAUGUUUGAUGGUUAAGUUUUAUAAAACACAAUGAACAUAUUGUAUCUUUAAUGGAAAAUAAUUAAAUAAAUUAUAGUGUUUUUAUUAAAUAGUAUACCACAUGUAUUAUUUGUGAUAAUAGCUCCAAAAUAAUAGUAGUUAGAUGCAUAUAUAGUGGGUUGGAAGCUGGGAAAGUAACACCCACUCAUGUCUGGUUGCCAAUCAAGGCUCAUAUGGAGACUAAAAACCCAAGAGAAUAUCUCCAAGUAACCCAGCAAGAUUCAGACCGAGUCACCGGACUCAACAUCUCUCCGCAACCACCUGAAGCAAACCUUAGCUUCUAUGAAGAAUUUGCCAUUAGAGGGAUACAAGUUGAUCGUUUCCAGCCCGGUUCCAUAUCUUGCUCUUUCAUAGUCCCACCUCGCCUUACUGAUAGGAAUGGAUAUCUGGCAAUGGGCGCGAUAGCGAAUUUGGUAGAUAAGAUUGGCGCCAUGGCCUUGUAUGAGAAAGAUAAAGGCAUGCCUUUAUCUGUGGAUAUGUCUAUUUCUUACCUUUCUACUGCGAAACUCAAUGAUGAGUUGGAGAUAAACUCAAAGCUUCUGGGUAAAAAAGGGGCAUAUCAUGGGACUGAAGUUGUUUUGAAGAAUAAAUCAACCGGAGAGAUAAUUGCUGAAGGACGACAUUCAUUGUUUCGUAAACCACAGAGUAAAGUUUGAAUAUAGAUUGGUCUUCUGGUUAGAUAACAUAUUGAUUCAAACUACUUGUUUUUGUUGUUUAUUGCGUCUUUGUAUAUUAGACCCCACAAGGCAUCGAGACUGUCUCUUUUGAUCCCUGGCCGAUAUAUUAUAAAACUAGCUCAGCUUCUGAUAUUCUACAAAUUGAUAAAAAUGAUCAUUGAAGGGAAAACAGUUGGCUUGACACCGAGGUGGAACCUAUAAGACAAAUACCCGACAAAUUGUUCUAUGUUAUUAUGUCUACAAUUUAAGGUGGUGUAUUAUAUUAGUUUAUGAAAUUUUCACUUUCCUUGUACUAAGAAUUGAGGGUGUUAUAUGAGAUUUCAAAGCUUACAAUAAUGUUAGAAAACUUUUCUUUGACA